AUGACAAUCAUACUCUCCCUAUCUAAAAUUUAGUCAUUUUAGUAUCGUAAACUAAUCGAGUUUAUCGGCGACUAAAUCCGGGUUAAGGAAGACUAGUAAAAAUGUUGUAAACCCUUCGUUGAUUCAUUGACACCGACAACCCCACAAAGUCCACAACACCUCAUCUUCCUCCCUUUGUCUUAUCGGCGAACUUCACGAAUUCGUCGCUCUUCUCAAAUUAAUCCACACUUUUCUCUCUCCUUUGACAAAGCUUGAGAUCUCAUCACUGAAGAACGUAAAUCCCUAUUCUAUACCAUUGACUUCAAUUCAAUUUUCUGAUUUCAGAAGCACCUAUUCAAUGAGAAACUUGAAUGAGUUUCAAGGAUUCUGGGGCUCAGUGGCUCGGAAGGCUAAAGCGGUCCUUGAUGAUGAUGUUCCGCCUGAACAAGCUGAAGUCCCUAGGGCAGCUCGUAGGUACGAAGAUAAUGUUGCUUACGGACAGCAGGAUGGCCAUCAAUUUCAAUCCGAGCAGGGUCGCAAAAAACCAGAUAAAGCUGUCUUACGGAAGGGAUUUGGUGCUAUUGCUUCUUCAUUUAAUUAUCUUGGCAAUGCCUUAGAGGAAGGGCUUAACAUUGUGGAGAACCGCACUGCAGACAUUAUCCAAGACACUCGAAAUCGAAGAUACGCCAGGAAAAAAUCAGCCCCUGACUUCAACCAACAGCCCACAGAUGCUGGAUCUGUGAAGGAGCCGUCUGGAACACAGAACCAUGUGUCCUCAGUGGCUCAAACUGAGUUGAACAUCCAAUUGCAGGCAUCUCGCGACGUUGCUAUGGCCAUGGCUGCCAAAACAAAGUUGCUUCUUAGAGAGCUAAAGACUUUCAAAGCUGACCUUGCAUUUGCCAAGGAGCGGUGUGCUCAGCUAGAGGAAGAAAACAGGAUUCUUCGAGAGAGUUUGGAGAAUGGGGACAACCCAGAAGAUGAUGAAUUGAUACGACUCCAAUUGGAAUCUCUUUUGGCAGAGAAGGCUCGGUUGGCUCAAGAGAAUGCUUUCUAUGCUCGUGAGAAUCGCUUCUUACGCGAGGUUGUUGAAUAUCAUCAGCUGACCAUGCAGGAUGUUGUCUAUUUAAAUGAGAGGAGUGAAGAAAUAAUGGAGGUUUACCCUGCCAAGGUACCAAGUGGAACCAAUCUGAACACAAUAGCUACAUUGCCAUCUUUAUCACCACCUGUUCACGCUUCUGAGCUUGUAUUAAAAGAAAACGCAACUUCUAAAUGAGGCACAAGUGAGCCCUGUUGUCAUUCAUAGUUAGUUUGUUAGUCCCCCCACCUCUUAUUUUCUUUUGGUCUGGUUCACAGUAGGCUCGUAUUGGAUCCCUGUCUUAGGGUUCCGUCCACUUGUUUUCCUAGUCAGUGUCCUGGGUUACAUUUAUGAUGAAGACUAUAGAUUUGGAGCAAUUGUUUUCAUGUGCUUCCUAUAACUCUGUAUAUUCGUAUCAAUAAUAUCAUACAGCUUUACCCAGCUA